GGCCCCGUCCUGGCGCUGCUCUGGCUGGCUGAAGCUCGGGCCGAGGUUCUGGUGCAGCCGGACUUCGAUGCCAAGAAGUUCUCAGGCCUCUGGUAUGUGAUGGCCAUGGGGUCCGACUGCAAGGUCUUCCUGGGCAAGAAGGACCACCUGCUGAUGUCCACCAGGGCCAUCGAGGCCACUGAGGAGGACGGCCUCCACGUCCACGUGGAGUUUCCUCGGGCCAACGGCUGUAACCAGGUGGAUGCCGAGUACCUGAGAGUGGGCUCCGCCGGGCACUUCAGAGUCCCGGCCUUGGGUUACCUGGACGUGCGCAUCACGGACGCAGACUACGGCUCCUUCGCGGUGGUCUACAUCUACAAGGAGCUGGAGGGAGCGCUCAGCACCAUGGUGCAGCUCUACAGCUGGACCCAGGACGUGAGCCCGGAGGCCAUGAAGGCCUUCCAAGACUUCUACCCCACCGUGGGGCUCCCCGAGGACAUGGCAGUCAUGCUGCCCAAGUCAGAUGCCUGCUCCCCAGGGAGCAAGGGGGCACCCUGA